GUGCGCUUCAAGUAACAACCCCGCGGCCCAAACAAAAGGACUAGCUCAUAUACUAACUUGUACUCAUGUACUCACCCAAAAUACGUGAAAACUGGAGAGCCGAAGUUCGGACUUUGAGCGGAAGAGUCGCUUGUAACACCAUGAGUACAUCUUAGCUGCGUUGCGAAGUUCGUAAGGAUGGACCGUGCACGUAUCCGCUCGCUGGUGAAGGCCUUUCAGGCCGACCCGGAGAGCGAUGAAGUGGACCGGCUCGAGCUGGUGGAGAAUCUCCACCAGGUCAUCAGCAGGGCCACGGCGCUGCAUAAUUUCAGCGCCGUGGUGGCAGAGGAGACAGGACUGCUGGACCUGCUGCUAUUUCUUCUUAAAAGCGGGCCAGGCAUGGACAUGCCAGCAGUGCCUUUACCCGGAGCGCCACCGCCCAGCGGGGCACAUGAGCGGCCAGAGCGGAAAUACCAGCGACUGUUGCUGGAAAUGUUCGCGGGCGACGAGAAGGAGGAAUGGGGCCUCAUUUACUGGCCCUCCUCGCGGGGUGCGCUGGUGCCGCUGGCCCUGCGCCCUGAGACCGAUGCCUUCGGCGUGGUGGCUCAGCUGCUGCGAGACAUUGCGGACGCGCCGCCGGAGCAGCAGCUAGACAGCGGCGGGGUGCUGUCAGCGGCCAGUCGGGUGCUUGUGCGCCUCAUCCUGAGCACGGACGGGCUGUACGCGCAGUACGGCGCAUCAAAGGAGAGCGUGCGCAAGGGCGUGGAGUCGGGCGCGCUUCCUGCGCUUGUGGCCGGGCUGCGCAGCUACAUCGCCGCAUACCUGUUGGAAGCCGGCACCAGCAGCGGCGCCGCCACCGCCGCUGCAGCCACCGGUGGCGGUAACGCGGCUGGCGGCGCCCCUGCCGCCACCAGCAACGCCGCCGGCAUCCUCAAAUCCAUGACCAUGGUUCGCGCUGCGCGUGCCAGCUCGUCGGGUAUUGGGAUCAGCGGGGGAGCUGGCGGCGGCGGCGGUGGCGGCGGCGGCGGCAUCAUGCGCCUGCCGCGCAGCACUGCCAGCGGUAAGCAGGCGGCGUUCGGGCACGGCGCCAAGUCGCAGUCGCAGCGGCGGCGCGAGGUGGCGCACAGGCAGCAGGUGGCGGCGGCGGCGGUCACGCACGCCGUCAUGCUGACGAUCGGCUACGUAUGCCAGGCGCUGACGCCGGCGGAGCUGCGCGAAACUGGGGUCGCUGAGUUGGUCUUAGAGCCCGUAGUAUCGCUAAUGGCAGGCCUGGCAGAGCAGCUGGCGGCGGCGGAGAAGCUGGCGGCGGAGCUGGCGGCCGCCGCCGCGGCAGCGGCGGCGCAGGCGGCGGCGGCGGGCGCCACCACCCCAACCGCCAACGCGCCCGCCAACAACCGCCCGCGCACGGGCACCAUUGAGCACCAGACCGUGAACAUACGCCUGUCGUACGUCAUCCCGCCGGGCCCCGACUCGGACGCGGACCCGGACGCGUCGGCAGCGGCGGCGCAGCCGCCGGCGCCGGCGCCGCGACGGGAAGCCUCGCCGCCGCCGGUGGCCGCCGUCUCGUCGGUGCUGGUGCGCGCUCUGGACGGGCUGCUGAACUGCAUCGAGGGCCGGGCGGACGGGCAUGUGGAGUCGCUGCGUCAGCAGCGGCUCAUUGCCUUCCUCGCCGCGCGGCCCGCCGCCGCCACCACCUCCUCCACGCCCUCGCCGCUGCGCGCGCUCAUGUCUGCGCUGUCGCGGCUGCUGCGGCGGCAGGAGGAGGACGAGGAGGCGCGCCGGCGGCAGCUGGGCCGCGGCGGCAGCGCCGCCAGCCGCCAUGCGCCGCUGCCGCCCGGCGCCGCCGCCGCGCUGGCGGCGGCCUCCCACUCGGCAGCGCAGCACGAGGAGUCGGGCCGCGCGCGCGGCAAACUGCACGCCGCACGCGACGCACUGGCGCCAUACAAGGUGCUGUUUGACCUGCAGGGGCUGACGCAGCAGGCCGCCGCAACGGCGGCGGCGGCGCUGGACGACGGCGCCGGCAGCGCCGCCGCUGACGCUGACGUGGAUGACGGGCAGGGCGGCGCGGCGCUGUCUGCUCUGGCGAGCGAGCUGGGCGACCUGUCCACAGCGGCGGUUCGCGCCACGCUGCUGCCCACACUGCUGGCACGCGGCGAGCUGCACCAGGCUGUGGACACGGCGGGGGCGCUGGAGGACCUGUUCCGCCACCUGCCGCAGCCGGGGCAGGCCGCGCUGGCGGGCGUGCUGGCGGACGCAGCGGCGCAGCCGGCGGCGCCGCUGGGGCUGGUGGUGGCGGUGGCGGCGGCGGCGGGCGCGCUGACCAGCGCCGCCGCCGGCGCCGCCAUCGCGGCGGCGGAGGCGCAGCACGCCGGCGCCAAGUCUGGCACGUCGGGGCCGCGGCAGAAGAAGCAGCCGCAGCCGACGGCGGCGCAGGUGGCGGCGGCGGUGGCGGGCGCGGGCCUGGGCGCGGGCGCGGCCUCCUCGCCGGUUCCGUCAGUGGCGGGCGCGCCGCAGCUGUCGCCGCGCGGCGGCGCCGCCUCUUCGGCGGCGGCGCAGCACCUGCACGCGGCGGUGGCGGCGGUCAGUGCGUGCGGCACGCUGUCUCACGUGUCCAGCUACGCCAGCGGCUUGGGCGGCUUGGGCGGCGGCGCCGGCGCUGGCGACGACACCGCCACCCUGAUGGGGACGCUGCCUGCUGCCGCCAUGGUGGGACGCAUGCGCGAGCUCACCACACACCACCAAGCCCACCACCAGGCCGCAGAGGCGGCGGCCGCCGCCGCCAGGGACACCGCAGACGCGUCCGCGGCGGCGGCGGAAGCCGCUGGCGGCGGCGCCGCCGCAGCCGGCGCGGCCUCCGGCCGCGGCACGCACGCUCCUGUGGGCCUGGUUGAGGCGGUUUUGGUGGGGUUGGCGGAGAACCUGCAGUCCUUCCUGACGGCGGCGGUGGACCUGCUGCCGCCGUCGGAGGCGGUGGCCGCGGCGGAGGAGGACGGCGGCGACAGCGGCGGCGCGCACAGCGGCCACGUGGAUGAGUUGGUGGGGCUGGUGUGCCGCUGCACGCAGCGCUUCCAGGAGCGGCUGCCGGUGGUGCUGCAGCACCUGCAGGCGCACCUGCACGUGUCACCGGCGGACGACCGGCACGGCGGCCACGACGCCGCCGCCGCAGCGGCGGCGGCGGAGACGGCGGGUAUGUCGCCGUUCGCCGCGUCGUCGUCAGCGGCGGCGUCGGCGGAGGGCGGUGGCGGCGGCGGCGGCGGCGCGCCGGAGGGCGGCGCCACCACGGCCUCGCCGCAGGGGCAGGACCUGCUGGUAUCUACGGCCUGUGUGGCCGCCACGCGCGCUCUGGAGUCCUGCGCCAGCAGCCUCACCGCGCCGGCAGCCUCCGCCGCCUCCCCCAGCGGCGGUGCUGCUGCAGGUGCUGGCGGCGCUGCAGCCGCGGCGGCGGCGGCGGCGGCGGACGCGGGGUCGCCUGGGGAGCAGGCCGCCGCCGCGCUGCGCAUCCUGGCCACCAUCAUCAAGUCGCCACGUGCGCCGCUGCAGGCCCGGGUGCAAGCCAGCGCCGCCGCCGCCCAGGCCCUGAAGCGCCUCCUGCUCUCCACCUGGACAGCCGACGGCGGCGGCGGCGCCGCCGCAGGCGGCGACGCGGCCGCGGCAGCGACCGCAGCGCCGGCGGCCGCCGCCACCGCGGGCAGCAGCAGCGGCAGUAGCAGCCAGCCGCACCCGCUGCUUGCGCACGAGGCCACAGAGGCGGCGCAGGCGUGCCUGGACGCGCUAUUUGGGGUGCUCAGCGAUCCGGUGGUGCACGCCGCCGAUCCCGACCUGUUCGAGGAUGACGUGUGCGCCGGUCUGGCUGUGCCGCUGGCGGAGCUGGUUGUGGACCGGCCGCCGCCCAACCCGCUGGCGGCGGCGCUGGACUGCAAGCACAGCCUGGUGGUGGCGGCGCGGUCGCUCAAGGCGCUGGUCAAGGGUGUGCCGCUGGGGCAGCUCACCAAGAACCAGGAGACGCUCGUGCGCUGCUUCGUGAACGCGCACGACGACGGCCUGCGCCACUCCGCCUUCAACCUGGACCUGCUGUUCGCGGAGGGCGCGGUGGGCGCGCUGCUGCGCCGCAUGCACGACACGCCGCCCGACCAGCCGCUGGAGGAGGAGGCGCUCCAGUUCUUCGCCAGCCUUACGGACUGGGUGCCCUCCUGCCGCGCCCGACUGAGGGACGUGGGGCUGCUCAAGCGCGUCAGCCGCCGCAUGGAGCAGCCCGGCUGCGGCGGCUUCGAGCUGGUGCUGCUGGUGUCCAUCUGCAAGGGCAUGAGCGAGAGCGAGGCGCUGCACACGUUCAUGAAGGAGCUGGGUGUGGCUCGCGCCCUGGCGGCCAAGCUGGUGGGCGACGAGGAGGCGGCGGCGGUGGCGGCCGGCGGCGACCUCAGCCUCCUGCCGGUGGGCAGCCCCGGCGGACUGGAUGCGCUGCUGACGCUGGCAAACCUGAACGGCGGCACCACCAGCCCCGACGACCAGCUGUGCCAGGAUCUGAUUGUGAAGCACGACAUCAGCGCCCAGAUCGCGCAGUUCGCAGCCGAGGCCGCCGCCUCCGACCGCGGCCUCGCCACCUACACCUUCCCCGACGGCACUUGGUCCAUCUACGACCUGCCCUCGCUCCUCACCUCCUGCCUCUCCCUCACCCGCACCGCCGUCAACUGCGAGCGACUCGUCCAGCACGGGCUGCUGCCCACGCUGCUGUGCGUGCUGCGCGCCGCAAACGCCGCCGCCGCCGCGGCGAAAGCCGCGGCCGCGCCGGCGGGCGCGGCCGCUUCCGCGGCCGCGGAGCCGGACGCCGGCGGUGUGGGUGACGGCGGCGAGAAGGGCAGUAGCAGCGGCCUGGGGGGCUGUAGCAGGAAUGUGGAUCCGGCGUUGGGUGUGGUGGCGGCGCGCACGCUGUUCAACCUGGCGCAGGUGUCCGCGCUGCACCCGGCGCUCAAGGAGGCGGGCGUGCAGGAGCUGCUCAAGGCCUGCCUGGCGCGUGACGACCUGCGGGUGGUGGACGCGGCCCGCGGCACACUGCUGCAGCUGGGCGAGCUGACAGACACCGCCGCCACACGCGCGCUCAAGGCGUCCCAGGCUGCCGAGGAGGCGGCCGGCGUUAAGGCCAAGGCCGCGAAGCAGAUUGCUGACGCUGCGGCCGCGGCCGCCGACGCCGCGGCGGCGGACGCCGCCGCCACCGGCGCGCCUCACAUUGCGCCCGGCGCCUUCUCCAAUGAGCCGCCGCUCUACGACGUCUUCCUCAGCCACAAGCGCACUGACGCGCGCGACUUUGCUCGCGCGCUGUGGAACCUGCUCGUCAGCAACGGCUAUACCGUUUUCCUGGACUUUGAGUUUAAGCAGGAGCUGGGGUCGCUGGAGGAGAUGGUGGGUCGCUGCACGCACUUUCUGUUCAUCAUGACGGACAACGUGUUCAAGAGCGAGUGGUGCAUCAAGGAGCUCGUGGCUGCCGUGAAGCACAACGUGAACAUUGUGUUGAUGAUCAAGGACGGCGCGCGCUGGGCCGACGUGGACGGCAACCCCACCUGCGACUUCCCGCCGCCGCACCUGCUGCGCACGCUGCCGGCGGAGGUGCAGCACGUGUUCAGCAAGAAGCCGGUGGUGCACAAUGACGAGUACUAUCGCGCCUUUGUGGAGGCGCUGUUUGACAAGCUGUACCGGCCCCCCGUGCUGGAGUCCUCCUCCCGCAUGGCCUCCCUAGACGAGGUGAUGCAGAUGCAGAUGGACGCAAUUGCCAAUGGCAUGACCGUUACGCCCGAUGGAACUCCCGUGGAUCUGAAUCUGUUGGACCCGGCAGCGGCCGCCGCCGCCGCGGCGGCGGGCCUGGUGCCGGGCGGGCCCGGCGGCGGCGCUGGCGGCGCGCCGCCGCCGCCGCACAGCGCGCACCCAAGCAGCGCGGAUGGCAGCGCGCACGGCAGCAGCGCGCACCCGCACCACGGCCCGCACCCGCACUCGCACCACCUGCACAGCGCGCAGCACCACGCCGGCCACCACGGCCCGCACAGCGCGCACCUGCACUCGGCGCUGCCCGGCACGGCGCAUCACGGCGGCCACGGCCACGGCCACGGCGGCCACCACGGCCCGCACAGCGCGCACAGCGCGCACAGCGGCUUCCCGCACCACAGUGCGCUGCCGCACCAUCCCGGCCUUCCCUCCGCCCACCACACCGCCCACCACGCCCACGCCGCCCACCACCUUCACAGCGCGCACGGCGGCCACCACGGCAGCCACCACGGCGGCCCCGGCAGCGCGCACUCCGCCGGGCACCACGGCAGCCACUACGGCCCCCACCACUCCUCCGCGCACUCCGCCGGCGGCAGCCAUCGCAGCGCGCACGGACACGGGCACGGGCACAGCCACAGCGGCAACCACCACGGCAACCACCACUCACCCCACAGCUCCGCACACCUCCUGCACGACCCCGCGCACGCCGCCGCCGCGGCCGCCUACGCCGCCACCUACGCCGCGCACCACCAAGGGACCCACAACGGCGCCCACACCGCGGCGCCCUCGCAUCCCUCGCACUUCCCCGCGCUGGUGCACCACCCCGCCUCCGCCUACACCAUGAUUGGGAACCCCUGGCCGGCUGCGGCGCACGCGGCCCAGGCUGCCAUAAUGCUCAGCCACGCGGCGCAGCACCACGGCCGCCACAGCGCACACGGCGGCGGCGGCGGUGACGGCGCCGCAAGCGGCAGCGAGAGCGCCGGCCCGCACGGCCACGGCCACGGUCACGGUCACGGUCAUCAUCACGAUGGGAGGGGGCAUUCGGCGGGCUCAAUGGCGGCGGCGCAUGGCGGCGGCGGCAGUAGUGCUACUGCCGCGGAGAUGGCGGCGCAUGCCGCUUACCAGGCCGAGUUGCAUCGGCAGAUGCAACAGAUGCGAAAUGAGGCGGAGCAGCAGCAGCAGCAGCAGGCGGCAGGAAGCGGAGGAGAAGGCGCCGCCGCAGAAGGAGAGGCAGGCGAAGGCGGGGCGAAGUCAGGCGGCGCAGGUGGCGAGGGCUUGGCAGCGGCCGUUUCGGACACGGAGGCCGCGGUUGCCGCGCAGCAGAAGGCGAUGGCGGCGGCGGCGGCAGCCGCGGCGGCCGCGGCGGCGGCGGCGGGUGGCGUGUCGCCGCCGCCGCACAUCCUGUUCCAGCACGCCAUCAGCGACCCGGGUGGGUACGGCGGCGCUGCUGGCAUGCGACUGGACUCGUUGUCGGGGGCGGCGGCGAUGGCAGGCGAGCACGGCCACGGCCGGACGCAUGGCGUGCUCAGCGAGCUACAGGCCGAGCUGGCGGCCGUGCGUCGUGACCUGGCAGCGGAGGUGGCGGGUCUGGGUCGCAGCCUGAUCAGCGGGCAGCAGGAACUCCGCAGCGGGCUGGGCGGCGAGGUGGCGGCGGCGGCGCGGCUGGUGUCGGGCGAGGUGCGGGCGCUGGUGCUUGAGACGCAGGCGCAGGUCCACGGGCUCAAGGUGGAGCUGGGUGACGUUCGGCAGGAGCUAGGCGCCAGCAGGCAGGCGGCGGCGGAGAUGCGGGGCCUGGUUGCGCAGGUGCUGGAGGGCAUGUCCGCCCUUAUCCAACGCAAUGUGCAGCUCGAGUCCCUGCUUCACGGCGGCAGCGGAGGCGGCGGAGGCGGCGCAGUAAGCAGCCAUGGCUACGGCCACGGCCACGGUCACGGUCACGGCAGCACCAGCGGCGGCGCAGGGCACCACCACUCCCACGCCACCGGCACCGGCAGCGGCAUCAGUCCGCCCUCGCUCAGCGGCAUGUCGGCCGCCGCCGCAGCCGCCGUCAUCAACGCCAGCGCCGCCGGCAUGCACCGUGACAGCAGCAUCUUGGCGCAGCUGCUGUCGGGCGGCAACUCCAACAGCGGCGGCGUUGCUGGCGGUGGCGCCGGCGCCGGCGCCGGCGCCGGCGCCGUGAACAGCGGCGGCGGCGGCGGAGCCGGUGGCGGCGGCGGCGGCGGCGGCGGCAGCGGCGGCGGCCUUCACCGGGUCAACAGCGGCGGCGGCGUGCUGACGCCGCGCCGCGCGCGCCUCUCCGCCAGCUGCGCCGGCUACGGGCCGUACGGCGCCGGCGGCGGCAUGGAGCUGGUGGCGGCGGACGACAUGAUCAUCAUUGGCGGCGGCGGCGGCGGCGGCCAUGGCGGCCAUGGCGGCCAUAGCGGCGGGCCCAACAGCGGCAGCACGCCGAUGCUGGUGAUGCCCAACGGCGCCGGCGUCAACCGCUCCGCCCAAAGCGCCACAGGUCUGGUGCCGCUGAGUGUGUACGAGGCGGCGGCGGCGUCGUGCCCUGGCGGCGCCGGGCCGUCGCCGCCGGCGGCGCCGUACUCGCCACGCCUCAGUCCCAUCAUGUUGUCUGUGGCGGGCGCCGCCGCCACCACGACCGUGCAGGGCGGCGCGGCGGGCAACGGCAGCCGGCGCGGGUCGGAGACGGGGCUGCCGCCGCUGCAGCGGGACCAGCUGGUGGCGGGCGGGCCGCCGUCGAUGGACUCGCCUCGAGGCCGCCGCAUCUACGUCAGCCAGCCGCUGGUCAUCAAGGAUGGAGCCGCAGUGGAGCCGGCCUCACACGCGCCGCCCCUGGGGGGUGGCGGCGGAGCCGGCAGCGGCAACGGCAGUGGCAGCGGUCGCGGCGCCGGCCUGGCGGCGGCUGGUGCCGCCGCCGCCGCCAACGGCGGCGCCGCCGGCUCACUGGCAGACGGCAUCACGAGUAGCGGCUUGGUUCUGCCGCCGCUGGCGGCGGCGGCCGUGCUGCACCACCACCACCAGCAACUGGCCGGCUCGGCGGCGCCGUCGUCGGGUCUGGCGGCGGCGAUGGUGGCGGCAGACCGGGUGGGGCCAGGCGGCGGUGGCGGCGGCGGCGGCGAGGGCGGCAGGGGCGUGGUGGCGGGCGGUGGCUUCCAGAUGCGGCCGCCGCCGGGCAUGCCGCAGUCGCAGCUGCGCGGCAAAGCCGCCAAGGCCUAGGCAGCGAAGGUCGUCUAUUGCACUUGCCAGGGCCUAGCGGUUGGCUACUGCGCUGGCAGCAGCAGCAGCGGGCUGGCUUGCUGGCUGGCUGGCUGGCUGGUGGUGCAAGAGCAGGCACUCAAACUGCUGGUGUGCUAAAUUAAUGUAUGAGAUCAUGUGUGAGACCUGGGUUCAAAUAGCGCCCAUGCAUGUGCAUGCUAUGGGCGAUGACUGAUCAUGACAUGUGCAACAGCAUGGGGAGCCGGGGGCAACUCCUCCACGCGUUUGCAAAGGAUUGAUUGCUGAAUACGUUUUCAACAUUACAAUUACGUGACCGGGAGUGGCAGGUGCACCCCGGAAAGCCCUCGCAUGGUGUCGCGCGACGAUGCCCAUGCGUAUGUGCGGGGGGAAUUCAUUCAUCCUGCGGUUUCCUGUCCUGCGGUCUGCAGACGGCAUGUGUGUGCUGUCGUACGCGGGAGCGGCGGCAACCACAAGCGAGUGGCGGCAUAGAGGUUCGGACUUGCGAACGUUGCUGUACCGUACACGCGAAGAGUGACGAGACCGCUCAGUUUCCCAUUCGGCUUUGCUGUGUGACUAUUGUGGUUUGGGCGUGGGUGUGUCCUUACAUGUGACGCGAUGGCAUGGCUACCCUGCUGCCACCAUCGCCCGUCCGGAGUGGAACGUGUAGGGGGGGUGGAGUUGGGGGUUCUAGAGUUACUCAUUGCACCCGUGCCGGAGCACAUACAGUGCGCAUGUACAGACGUUAUCGUUGUUGUGCGAAGCAUGGUAAGCCUGGAAGAUACGGUAUGCAGCGCAUGCAUGGCCGCACUCCUUGAGGGUAUUCAUGCAGAGGAAUGAGCUAAACUGGGUUAUAUGUUGUGUGCACGAAACGUGCGUAUGUGGGGGGGCUGGCAGCGGCCGUGUAGCGGGCUGAGUGGGAGGCUUAAUGGCGAAUUGACGGGGACGCUUGCGCGUUGGUCUGGAAUUGCCACGGCAACGCAAGUGCGCGUGUGACGCCACGCUGUAAUACUCCCCGUUGCUAAGAUUGGCUCGAGAAUGUCGAGAUCUUGGCGGCGUGUUCUUGACCUUGGAGGCUUGGAAAGUUCCGCCUAUCGCCCUGCCCAGCUGUGCGGAUGUGCUCAUAAGUCGCUGUGCGCGCGGCACAUGGAGCCUGCUGGCUACGGUACUGCGUUCGCCACUGUGUGCGAUGGAGCAGGGCAAGGGGCAGGGUCCAGGGAUGCUGACAAAGCCCCAAGUGGGACGGCACGGGACGCAGGUGCUGGUGGAGUGUCACGACUUCAAAUCUCACAGACGGAUACAGCGCGUGGACAUGUGGCCAGCCUGUGGCGUGGGAGUUGGAGUCGUUAGGAGUCGU